CUGAGAAGGAAGAUAUUGAAGAAGAAAAAGAAACAAGAAAAAGGAAACACAGUGCAUCAGAGACCUCUGUGAAGAGUAAUGACGAUUCACCGGAAAAGAAGGUGAAGGAGAAUACAACGAAGAAAAAAUAUGACUACAUAACAAAAAUAAAUUACAUGUUCCGUGAUGCACGGUUCUUCCUGAUGAAGUCAAACAAUGGAGAGAACAUUGUUUUGUCAAAGGCCAAAGGUGUGUGGUCUACACCUCCUCAGAAUGAAGCAAAGCUCAAUCAGGCUUACAGGGAAGCUAGGAACGUAAUCCUUAUCUUCUCGGUUAAAGAAAGUGGACGCUUUUGUGGAUUCGCACGCCUGUCAGGGGAGUCAAGACGAGACCUUCCCCCAGUGUCCUGGGUUCUGCCUCCGGGAUUGUCAGCUCGUGCUUUGGGGGGAAUAUUUGAAAUGGAUUGGAUAUCCAGGAAGGAUCUCUCCUUCACCAAAACUCAACACCUCUAUAAUCCCUGGAAUGAAGGCAAACCAGUGAAGAUUGGAAGAGAUGGUCAGGAGAUUGAACCAAGAGUAGCAGAGGAGCUUUGUCGGCUCUUUCCCAAAGAUGACGGAGUUAAUCUCACACCAGUCUUGCACAAAAGUAAGCGAGCAGCACGCGUUGCUCGGGCCAGGGGGCCUCUCCGGCGGCCACUACAACCAGCAGGAGACCGCCGUGGCCGCCCCAGAGAACGUGGAAACUUCCGGGGCCGAGGGGACGUAAGCUUCAGUAGCCGGGGCGGAGGCAGACGCCGACGAUAUGAAGGAGAAGAUUACGGCCCAAGAGUGAAGCGCUUGAGAGGGCCACCCAACUUCAGGGGCAGAACAGAGAAGUCAGCUUCCUACACACGUGAGAGAGUAAGAGAGAGAUCACCAGUGUACCGCAGUGUUCCUCGAAGAGAGAGUGCCACUUACAACGGCACAAGUAGCCACAAAUUGGAAUCCUCUUUUCAGACAUAUCAAGACUUCAUGAGAGAGAUGCGGGAUUUCCACUCCCGUGCACCAAGUAACCUUCCCCCCAUGGCCUUCCCGCCACCCCCACCAUUUGACCCUAUUGGACCCCCAAGAUACUAUGAUGGACCUCCACUGCCUGAGUAUCCAUCAUCCCGCUCACGCUCAGAAAAGAGACAGUCUGCUGACCCAUAUGACAGAAGUGUGGAUGAAUUCCUGCAGAGAACCAGAGACAGGCGUGAACGGAGCAGGGAACGUCGAUAUGAAAGAAGAUAAACAGGAAUCGGAAGGAACAUUAUCUAAGUCAAAUUCUUUUUUUAACUUAGGAAUGGGUUCAUAAAGAAAAUAUUAUUUAGUAAGGAAAGUACUCUGUGAAACUGAUCAUAUUUUUGGAAUUUACACAAGCUUGUAGAAGAAAAUGUAUCAAACUCUAUUCAGAUCUUAGCAUCAUAAAUGCUUCCAAAGGGUAUUUUGGAUAGCUACCUCACUAACUUUUACCUCUGCUAGACCCAGUUCCUUAAAUCUGGGUCUGGAUUCUGAAAUAUUUAAAAUGGAAAAAGAGAAAAAUAAAGAGUUGAUUCUUACCAAGGACAUGCAAUACUAAAAGAUUGUAUCAGAAGUAAUCUACCAGUGUUCUGUUGUGUUGCUAUACAGUUUUUAAUACAGAUUGAAUGUGAGAAUGUGUGUGUGUGCGUUCGUGCAUGCGCAUGCAUGCAUUUAUGUUUGUUGUAUGUGAGAAUUUAUUUUGUAUAGCAAUAUUUCUGUGCAUACAUGUUCAUAAAGCAGAACACUUUUUGUUUUUAGGGCACCUUGAUCAGCAAUGAUCUUGUCAGAUCAGUAUUAACAUGAUAUUCUAUCUUGUUUGGUAUUAUCAGUAUAUUAUUAUUUGGAAUAUAUAUUUUUUGUUUACUAUUUCCAUUUCCAGUAUCUGCUAAUUUACUAAUAUCUGAAAUAGAAAUUGAAGGUGAUAGUAAAAUGUAUGCAUUCAAAAUUUAUGCAUUCAAAAUUUGUUUCAAUAAAGAUGUAAGAAAACUGUUUCAUUUCACAAUAUGGGCAUUUUUCUUCAAAAUGGUAUGAAGACUUUUGUAUUAUUGACUUGAAAGACGUCAAAUGUAGAGUAGUGUCUAAAAUAACGUACUUAAGUCUUCAUCUUAAAGCAGGGGACCUCUAAUAGAGUGCCUUUUCUGCAUGUACAAGGUACUGGUACUUUGAUUUGCUUAUAAUUCUUCAAGAGCAAGUGAUUCAUUGUCAGUUUUACAUUAAAUAGUUUCAUGAGUAUUGUAGAAGCCAUUUUACAUGACUGCAGAUGCCAUCAAGAGGGCAAUAUUUAUAAUGUUUUACAAGUAUGUUUAAAUGGUAAUUGGUAACUAGAUGUAAUUAGAUUUGCAAAUUUUUAGUAAUGUCAAGUUUAUUUUAUUUUUUGCCUUGUCUGAUAAUGCACCAUUGGCUUCUAACUACCUCAGUGGCAGGCUUAUAGGGCACUGUCUUUUUACCUUCAUAAGAAGAUUGUACCUACAUUGAAGAGCAUUGUAAAUAAUAUUGUUCAGCUUAUAAAAGGUUCAUUGAAAAGCACAGUAUAAAAAAGACUUGGUCUUAUUUUUGUAGGACUCCUGCCCUUUAGUGUGAGGUUUCUCAAGAAAAGAACUUAUUUUUACUGUUCUCAUUGAUACCCAAUAACAUUUAAGAUUUUCAUAUUUUGAUGACUUGUGUAGUUCAGAAUGCAAGGCAUUGAAGAAUAAGACUUUCAUAUUUUGAUGACUUCUGUAGUAUGGAAUGUAAAAAAAUUGGCAUGAUCAGUACAAAUAAAAUUUGCUUUACUUUCAUUAUAUACAUUCAUGUAUCUACUUUUUGUAUUGUGAAAGUAAUUGUAUUUGUUUCUGUUAGUGCAGUCUGUGCUAUUAAAGCAAUUAUUAAAAA